AUGGGAGCUUCCCUUUCCAUCAUCUGGGCCUCACUGCCCCCGCCGACUGAGUUCUUCCCACCAAGCCCAGCAGCCUACACAACCCUACUCACGACCUUCCAAUACUUCCCUGUUUGUACAGUUUUUCAAUGGCUCCUCUCCUGGCACCCGGCCGGCAAAACCAGCCUGCAAAGCUCAUUUUUGAACAUUCCAGGCCGAAUUGCAUGGUUCGCAAUGGAGAUUGUCGGCCCUAUCAACCUAAUAUACAAUCUCUCCUUUGGCUCGCCAUCAUUCUCCGAGCUUCCAGCAUCAAAUCAGCUCGUCGCAGCUCUCUACUGCAUCCACUACUUCAACCGCGGCAUCAUCUCCCCUUUCUUUUCAGCACCUAGCAUGUCGCCCAUCCAUGCAUUCGUCAUGACUAGCGCCAUAGCAUUCAACUGGCUCAAUUCUUCCUGCAUUGCAGGCUGGGUCCGCGGAUAUGCCAUCCCGGUCCCCGACUUCAAGACAGAUGGCACUGGCGCAUUGGCUACCUCCCUAUCUUCCCCUUCCCCCUUACUUGAGACUCUCCCCCUCAUUGGCGUCGCACUCUUCGUCAUCGGUAUGGCGGGAAACAUCUACUCCGAAAAGGCUCUCUUCCGCUUCAGAAGAGAAGAAGCGGAGAAACGAGCCGCUAAGAAAUCGGACUCCCGGACUCCCGCCGGCGAUGGCAAGUACCACAAGGUUUACGUGAUCCCACCUGUCCAGGGCGUGUUCCGAUCUAUCUUGUACCCACAUUAUGUCUUUGAGUGGAUCGAGUGGACUGGGUUUGCUCUGGCUGGUACAGCCGUGUUUCCUCUAGCUGCCUUUGCGAAGACGAAUGUUGCUAGUGUUGGUGCUGACAUCGGCGUUGCGCCUCAAAUGUAUCCUGCGCCGUGGGUCAUUCCUGCUGUGUGGGCUGCUGACAAGUAUGGAUUGCCGCUACCGCUGCCUGCUGUGUUGUUUGUUAUCAAUGCGGUUGCGAAUAUGCUGCCUCAUGCUCGCUGGGGACGUAAGUGGUAUGUUGAGAAGUUUGGGGAGAAGGGUGUUGCCGGGCGCGGUGCUGUCGUGCCGUGCUGCUCGUGGAUGUGA